ACUUUCUCUAUGCCCUUUUAAAAUCAAAACCUGAAAUUGGUGAUGCUUUGAUUUCAAUUGCUGCAGGUUUUGAAGUUCCAAAAGUUAAGAUUUGGGGUUUCCCAUCAUCAUUUUCUUCAUGGCAAUCCGACUCCAGUUUGAGAACUCAUGUGAUAUUGGGGUUUUCUCCAAGUUGACAAAUGCAUAUUGCCUGGUUGCAAUUGAAGGACCAGAGAACUUCUACAGCACAUUUGAAGCUGAGCUAGCAGGUGUUAUCCCUCUGAUUAAAACAUCCAUAGCAGGCUCUAGAAUUAUUGGACGACUAUGUGUUGGAAAUAAGAAUGGCCUUCUCUUGCCACACAAUACCACAGAUCAAGGUAAAUAUGGGACAGAGCUUCAACACUUGAGAAACAGUCUGCCUGACCAAGUUGUUGUUCAACGUGUCGAAGAGAGACUAUCUGCUCUAGGGAAUUGCAUUGCUUGCAAUGACCAUGUUACUCUUGCUCAUACUGAUCUUGGCAAGGAAACUGAGGAGAUAAUUUCAGAUGUUCUUGGAGUUGAAGUAUUCAGGCAGACAAUUGCAAGAAACAUACUUGUGGGCAGUUACUGUGCCUUCUCCAACAGAGGUGGAUUGGUCCAUCCCCUCACAUCAUUGGAAGAGUUGGAUGAGCUUUCAACUCUGCUUCAGAUUCCACUGGUGGCUGGGACUGUAAACCGGGGUAGCGAAGUCAUCGCCGCUGGUAUGACUGUAAAUGACCGGACAGCAUUUUAUGGGUCGGACACCACAGCAACAGAGUUAUCUGUAAUUGAAAGUGUCUUAAAGUUGAGGGAAGGACAACCUAGCUCCAUUGUUGAUGAGAUGAGGAAAUCAUUGAUCGACAGUUAUGUUCUAGUUUAAUGUCCCCAACUAUGCUGGCAGCUUGUGUAGAAAAUUUACAAACAAUUACAUUUUGCCCAUUCGGACUAAUAGGCACUGGCCUUCGAUUCACCAUUCCAUGUUUAUGAAACGUUGAUAUCAAGUUCACAACUGUAAUAAAAAUUCUAAUUUGAAAGCUUGAUGUGAGGGGGGGGGGGGGGGGGGGAACAAUGAAGAGAAAAACAAUAUAUAAUGAAGCUCUCUUGCGUCCACUCCCCUGAGCUUAACUUACCUCUUAACUGAGGCUUGUCGCACAUGUGCAGUUAAGACCAGAAUGAAUUGGACGGCAUCAGACUGGAAGAGCAAAUAUCACCAUGGGAGAUCCUUAAGCUAUGAAAGCUAGAAAAGAGAGACUUUGGUGGAUUAAAAAUCUAAUGCGCCAUUCAUUCCUUAAACAGGAACAAUAUUGGGAUGCCUCACACAACCUAAAAUAUUAUUCUCAUCAAAUGAUGUUGCAACCCUGCUAAACUAAGAAAAUUUA